GUAUUUUCCUUAGGUCCGAUUGUUUCUCUAAUAUACGGUGUCGUACAUUGCCCCUCUCUUGCUCCCUAUCUGCUCGAACAAGUCCAUAGAAUCAAUCGUUUAUCAGAAGACAAGGCUUUAUACUUUUACUGUUGUAAAACGGUGACGUCUGAUACCGUUGUGGAGUCAGUGACAGAAAUGAACAAAUCGCCAUUACCAGUGCAAAUUAUAAGCAGCAAUGAUAAGCAAAGGAAACAGAUGAUAACAGGAAAAGAAGGAUUAGUGAAGCUAUUGAGAUGGCAUUUUGGUCAUUCUGAUUUUAGAGGCAAGCAAUUAGAAGCUAUUCAAUCUGUAUUAUCAGGGAGAGAUUGCUUUUGUUUAAUGCCAACUGGAGGAGGCAAAUCAAUGUGCUAUCAAAUUCCUGCUCUUUCAAGGCCAGGGAUUGUUCUUGUUGUUUCUCCAUUAAUAGCUUUGAUGGUUAUCUUUGGUUUGAAUCAGGAAAAUCAGGUAAUGGCAUUGAAGGAGAAGGAAAUUGCUGCUGAAUUUCUCUCCUCAACCCAAACUUCGCAGCUCAAAACUAAAAUUCACGAAGACCUUGAUUCUGGGAAACCAUCCAUAAGGCUACUGUAUGUAACACCAGAACUGAUUGCUACACCUGGAUUUAUGUCAAAGCUAACAAGAAUUCAUGCUAGAGGGUUGUUGAAUCUCAUUGCCAUAGAUGAGGCACAUUGCAUCUCAACAUGGGGCCAUGAUUUCAGGGCUAGCUAUCGUAAACUUUCAUCUUUGAGGAAUCUCUUUCCAGAUGUACCAAUAUUAGCUUUAACUGCUACAGCUGUUCCUAAAGUUCAGAAGGAUGUGAUAGAGUCCUUAUGCCUGCAAGACCCUUUGAUUCUGAAAUCUUCUUUUAAUCGUUCAAAUAUAUAUUAUGAAGUUAGAUAUAAGGAUCUUUUGGAUGAUGCCUAUGCUGAUUUAUCCUCUGUGCUCAAAUCUAGUGGGGAUAUCUGUGCAAUUAUUUACUGCCUUCAGCGAACAACUUGUGAUGGCUUGGCUGCCCAUCUUUCCAAGAAUGGCAUUUCCUGUGCUGCUUAUCAUGCAGGGUUGAAUAAUAAAUUGCGGAGCUCUGUCUUAGAUGACUGGAUUUCUUCUAAAAUACAAGUUGUUGUUGCUACUGUGGCUUUUGGGAUGGGUAUAGAUAGAAAGGAUGUCAAACUGGUUUGCCACUUUAAUAUUCCAAAGUCAAUGGAAGCCUUCUAUCAAGAGUCAGGUAGAGCUGGUCGUGAUCAAUUGCCUUGUAGAAGUCUGUUGUACUAUGGAGUUGAUGAUCAGAAAAGAAUGGAAUUUAUACUAAGUUCUGCUGGGAGCAAGAAGUUGCAGUCCUCUAGUUCACAGGAUGGAUUGUCAAAAAAAUCCCUCUCUGACUUCAAGCAGAUGGUUGAGUAUUGUGAGGGUUCUGGAUGCCGUAGGAAAAAGAUACUUGAGAGUUUUGGGGAACAGGUGCCUGUAUCAUUAUGUAAAAAAACUUGUGACGCUUGCAGACAUCCAAAUCUAGUUGCCAAGUACUUGGAGGAGCUCAAAACAGCUUGUACUGCUCGUAGAGCUGGCCUUUCUCAGAUUUUCAUAAGCAGCUCCACAGAAGAUAGAGGUCAAUUCUCUGAAUUCUGGAAUCGUGAUGAUGAAGUGAGCAAUUCUGAAGAAGAUAUAUCUGAUUCUGAUGAUGGUACUGAGGUUGUCAAGAGCCUGGCCAGAUCAAAGUUGUCAAGAAAGUCAGGAGUAAAUGAAAGGAUGGAGCUCUUGCAGCAUGCUGAAGAAAAUUAUUAUCAGAACAGAAACUCUGAUAAACAGGUCAAUAAAGCUGAUAAGAAUGCAAUAUCCGAUACUCUCAGACAAUCAAGCAAACAAAGAUUAUUAAAUGCUCUCAAGCAGGCCCAGCAACAGCUUGGCAAUUUAAGCAUUGAAUUAGAAGCAUCAGCCUCCUACCUUGAAAACGAAUGCUACAAGAAGUAUGGGAAGAGUGGCAAAUCAUUCUAUUAUUCUCAAGUGGCAAGUACAGUGAGGUGGAUAUCAACAACAAAUCCCACUGACUUGACAAAUCGGCUUAGCAGCAGCACACCUUCCCCUCCUAAGAACACUCUGCUCAAAGAAGAGCCUCCUGAGACACCAUUAUCUUCAAUGGAGCAGAAGUCGAAAACUCCUGAUCUAGAACUUCACCGCAGUGUUGCAUCAUCAGAAACUACGACUGCUUCCCCAACGCAAAGUGCUUCUAUGAGUUCAAAGUUGCCAGCAAUUCCCUCAUUUUCAGAGUUUGUGAACAGGAAAAAGGCAAAAGAUGAUAAUCAAUAUACAUCGCAAAAUGAUUCACCUAAGAGACUAAAGAAGAGCUCAGGAAGAUAAAUGAGGUUGCGGUAAGUCAAAUUUUGGAGUGUUCUCUCUGUAUUUGAAUAGCAAUUGUUAGAUAAGAAGCAUAGAAAUUUUUGUGAAAUUUCCAAUUAAGAGUACAAAUAUUGUGAAAGAAAAAGAAAAAUUAAUGGUAGCCAAUAUUCACUUAAAAGUUCUUAGAUUA